AUGGCAUGUUCAAAAAUAUUUUCAGGAGAUAUUCCUGAAUUAACAAAUAAAAUUAUACAAUAUUUUCGGAAUGAUCUUUCAACAUUAUAUUCAUGUAUUUUAGUCAAUAGAUUAUGGUGUCGUUUGGCAAUUCCAUUAUUAUGGGAAAAUCCAUUUUCUUCAAAAUAUCAUGAAAAUUAUCGUUAUAUUGAAGUUUACUUAUAUAGUCUAAAUGAUAAAAGACAAUUAAACGAGUACGGAAUUAAUCUUCCUUCGAAUCCAUUAUUUAAUUAUCCCAGUUUUAUUCAACACUUAGAUACAAAUUCAAUUAACGAAUGUAUUAUAAGAUGGCUUCGUAUUAGGAUAAAAUCUUAUGAUACAUAUUAUACAGAUAAAUUAUAUUUCAUUCCUAAAUCAUUAAUUAAAUUAUUCAGUGAAAAAGAAGCAAAAUUACGUACUCUUAAUUUUACAUAUCAACAUGAUUAUGAUAAUUAUACUGAUAUUAUUAUUUCUGAAUUAGUUUUACAAAAUUCAAAUUUAAUUGGUAAUAUCAAAAAUCUUUAUUUUGAACCUUACGAAUAUGAUAAUAUGAAUUCUAUAUUAAAAUUUUUAAAUUCUAAAUGCGAUUCAAUUUCAUCAAUCUAUCUUCCAAGUAUUGAAAAUCAUAAUGAUAGUAUUGAAUUAUCACGAUUAAUUAAAUUACAAAAAAAUCUUAAUAAAAUUUUAUUAUAUAAAAGUUUACCUCUUUCAAUAUUAUUAAAUUCUAAUUGUUUAAACACUUUAAAUAUUAUUAUAUUUUGGAAAAUUGAUUUUAAAAAUAUAAAUAUUUUAAAUGAAGUAUUUGAACAAUUAAAUGUAAUAGAAUCUAUUCAUAUUAUUGAUUGUUAUUCUUUAGAUUCUAAUUUUUCUCAACAAAUAAUUAAUUUAACUAAACCAUUUAAAUUAAAAUCUUUGAUCUUAUAUGAAAAAUCUUUGAUCUUGAAAGAUUCAAUGGAAUUAAUAUUACAAAAAUCUGGAGAUUAUUUGGAAAAUUUUGUAUUAUCAUCUACAAAUUCAAAACCUCAACUACUUGAAUUAAUUACAAGUUAUUGUACGAAAAUUAAAUUCCUUGAAUUAAAUGGAUUUUAUGAACAUCAUCAGGAUAUUUAUUCAACAUUUAACUUAAUUGAAACCUUUAAACAAAAUCUUAAUUAUCUUACUAUUAAUACAUCUAUUGGUCUUAGUUCAAUUGUACUUCAAAAUUUAGGCCAAAUUCUUCCUUUUAAAUUAGAAUAUUUGGAUUUGUAUCUUGCUUUGAAUACAAAAGAUUUUGUAUUAUUUUUGAAAAAUUCUCAAAAUACUUUUAUCAAGAAAUUAUUACUUAAGAAUAAAAUAAAUAGAAUACGACAAAGAUUUGGACAAUUCGAUAUGUUAUAUAAUAUAAAAGAAUAUAUUAUGAAAAAGAAAAGAGUUAAAUACAUUGCUUUUCGUACUAAUGAUCAUCCUGCUAGUGGUUCAGAAUUGUCUCGUUUGAAAGAUGAAGUAAAGGAAUUUAGGUUACAUGAUAUAAUAGUUCAAGAUUAUCGUCAAAUGAAAAUUAAAUUUAUCGAAUUUUUAAAAGAAAAGAUUUAAUAUUCGGGAGAUUUACAAUAAAGAUAUUUCAUUUUUAUUCUUUAUAAUACAAUAUAGCUGCGACACAUAAUUUAUUUAUUUUAUAAAAUAAAAAAGUUUCAUCCAGAUAAUUAUUUAUUAAAAGUUUAUUUUCUUCUUAAAUAUAAAAUUGUUAAUUAAUU